AUGGACGAUGUUGAAUUUUCCAAGCCUCAACCAACACCAUUACACUCAAUUCCGAAUCCAAGCGAGGAGGCAUUCGUGGCUGAAAGCAUCGUCAAGAUCGGCCAGGACAACAAUGGCGCUCAAGGUUUGAUGCCGUUUGUGAAUCUGGGCGCACUCCUUAACAUCUCGCCAUGUCCUCUCCUUCGGACAAAUGAAGAUACACUCACAAAGGACUCGGACGCUCCAGAGGCUGCCAGUGCUCCCACAGUCGUCAAUACUUUGGCAACACAAACACAAAUAUUGGUUUGCACAGAAUCUGAAGAAGAGAAACCCGCAGUCCUCAAACGAAAAGUGUCUGGAGAGUAUAAGAUCCGAUUGAAAUUCACAAAGGUGAGAAGCCCAGAAUCAACGACUGAGGAAGCCCCAAAGUCUGAAGAGCUAGGCAAUUCGGCUAAGAUUGAGGAAAACGGUCAACCAGUCAGCAGCAAGAUUAGCAAGAAGAGUGUACUUGGCCCAACAAAGAAGGCUAGCAUGCCAAAAGCUCAAAUCGCGAAGCCGAAUCGUGCAGGCACUCGAUCGAGUACCCGCAAAUGUCUGCAGAUUUGAUUUGGUGGCGGAGCAGGGUUGUUGGGGUUAGCUGGGAGUUUUCUUAAGAUCCACCCGACUUAAGCAAUUACCUGUAUCGGUUUUUUUUUCCUUUGUAAAUAGUCUGAUCCCUUGUGGAAAUCGUG